AUGACAAGCUCGCCCUUCUUUUUGCAACACUCUGAUCUGUUACACUUGUCCCCUUCUGGCGACCAACUGGCCGAAGUCAUGGACGAGCUACAACAGCGUCACCGCAAGGAGGCCAAAGACUUGCAAUCAAAAGUCACUCAAAAGAAGAAAGGUGCGACCAAGAAGACGCGCAAAGGUGUCAAUGAUGAAUGCGACAAUCUGGAAAGAGAGAUGAAGGCUCGCCAUCAGCAAGAGAUUCAGGCCAUGACUGCCCCUAUGGGCGGCGAGGAUGACGACGACAGCGACACCGAGAAAGAGCAGGAUGAUCUGGCCGACCGCACUGAAGGACUCACCCUUUCGACGACGCAACCACAACCCACCUCAUCCGCACCACCAGACACCCCAGCCGCAUCCGCGCCCAAGAAACAGAACCGCGCAAAAGCCCGCCUCGCCCGUCGCGCAGCCGAACAAGAAGCCCUGAUCGCCUCGGCCGCAGAGGAAGCCCAAGACAUCCCCAACCUCAAAGCCAAAGAGCGCGAAAGCAUGCUCAACCAAUUCGCCGCCCGCAAGCUCGCCGAGAAGGAAAUACGCGCAGACGGCCACUGCCUCUACUCGGCCGUCGCCGACCAACUCCAACAACUGGAGAUUCCUUUGGGCAGUGCUCCCUCGGACACCCCAGACAUUGCAGCCACCCUCGAACCCUACAAGAUUGUGCGACAAGCCGCUGCCGAGUACAUUGAAGCACAUCCAAACGACUUUACACCCUUUUUGGAAGAGCCUUUGGACUACUACAUUUACAAGAUCAAGAACACCGGCGAGUGGGGCGGCCAGCUUGAAUUAAUGGCUCUAGCAAAGAAAUACGGCGUCGCUAUCAGCGUGCUGCAGGGUGAUGGCAGAGUCGAGGAGAUCAAUCCAGACAGUGAUGCUGAGAGCGACAAGCAGUUGUGGUUGGCAUACUACAGACACGGCUUCGGUCUCGGCGAGCAUUACAACUCGCUGCGCAAAGCUGGUUGA